AUGGCUCCGGCCGCCGACCGGCAAGGUUACUGGGGCCCGCCGACCUCCACCUUGGAGUGGUGCGAGGAGAAGUACGCCGUCUCCUUCCACAUCGCCGAGUUCUGGAACACAGUGAGUAACCUGAUUUUCAUUCUACCUCCAAUCUAUGGUGCGAUUCAGACCUAUAAAGAUGGCCUUGAAAAACGGUAUUUAGCUGCAUAUUUGUGUCUCACAGCUGUGGGAUUGGGAUCUUGGUGCUUCCACAUGACCCUGAAGUAUGAAAUGCAGCUGUUGGAUGAACUGCCAAUGAUAUACAGUUGUUGUGUGUUUGUCUACUGCCUGUAUGAAUGUUUCAAGUAUAAGAACACAGUCAAUUAUCCGCUGCUUUUCCUGUUAAUAACAUACAGUGUCGUAGUCAGCAUWGUUUACUUAAAUUUGAAAGAGCCAAUAUUCCAUCAGAUCAUGUAUGGAACCUUAGUCUCCAUUAUAGUACUACGAUCUGUAUAUAUAGUGUUAUGGGUAUACCCAUGGCUUAGAGGUCUGGGCUAUACAUCUCUAACUGUAUUCUUAAUGGGAUUUUUUCUCUGGAAUGUGGAUAACAUUUUCUGUGAUAAAUUGAGGGCACUACGAGAGAAGAUGCCUCCUGUUGUGGGAGCUGUGACACAGUUUCAUGCUUGGUGGCAUAUACUUACAGGCCUGGGCUCUUACCUGCAUAUCCUUCUGAGUUUAUACACGAGGACACUUUUUCUGAAACACAGGCCAAAGGUGAAGUUUAUUUUUGGAAUAUGGCCUGUUCUUCUGGUGGAGCCACCCAAGAAACUUUGACGGAGAUCGAGGCAGUUGCAUUCUCAACCACAUAACCCCGGCUGAAAUGAAGAGAUUCAACAGUUGCUACAGCUGAAGUGUCAAAAUUAUGGAUGAAUUCAAGUACCACUGCUAUAAAAGGACUUCUCUCCGUUACUUGGCCUCCCAGCCAGACCAGAGUGAAGAGUUGACACGUUAAGGAAAUAACAUUGAGUGUGGUUUUAUUCUAAGUUGUUAAAAAAAAAAAAAAAAAAAAAAAA